GCAUGCACCAACUGAGAUUGAGUUGAAUUGAGAUGGGAACAUCCUUGUUGAAAUUCUUCUUCGGUAUCAUCGCGAACUCAUGAGAGUAGGAUGUCUGCAGUCGUUGUCCCACGAAAUUUCCGCUUGUUAGAAGAGCUAGAAGACGGGCAGAAAGGAGGUGGUGAUGGGACUAUAAGUUGGGGUCUACUGGAUGAUGAUGAUAUGUCAAUGUCACGGUGGACAGGGACAAUCAUUGGACCCCCGAGGACUGCAUUUGAAAGUAGGAUAUACACUCUGAAAUUAGAAUGCAAUUCAAAAUAUCCAGAAGAACCACCAACAGUUUCAUUUACAACACGGAUAAACAUGGUUGGUGUAACACCAAUGGGUCAGCUUGAUAAAAGAGUUUUUCCAUUUUUAAACAAAUGGCAUCGUAAUUAUACCAUAAAACUGGUUCUUACUGAAAUAAAGAGGCUGAUGACAUCAAAGGAAAACAUGAAAUUACCACAGCCCCCAGAGUCAUCAGUUUAUUGAGCUGGGCAAAGCUUAUUAUAUCCAUACUCAAAGUGACUAAAGUGUUUUGGUGUAAAAUAAAAAUAAUUCUUAGACAUACUGUAGUAUUUUGUAUGUUGCAAUGAUGCUUCAUUAUUCAAGGUCAAAAUAAGUAUAGCAGCUUACUAUUCUCUUCUGAAGGUUCGGAAUAUUCUGCAUAAACUUUAAAAGAAUCAUUCUUAUUCACAAUCUAUUAUUAAAAGUCGAUGGUAUAUAUAGCAUUUAAGAGCAGAGAAACUUGAGGAAUUAACCUGGUAUGAAAGGUAACAGUUAUGCUCAUAUGCCUGACAAUAUUAUGAAAAUGCAGCAGAUUUUAGUCAGACAUUUUGUUACUUGUUUAUUAAGCUUGCCACACACAGGCUAUUAAGAAAUUAAAACACUUUCUUUGACUUUUAUGCCUGUAUUUGUGCACUAUAGUAUACCUUAAAGAAGAUUUGUAACCAUUUCUGUUUGUUUUCA